CCUCCCCCCUCUGGAGGAAAACCAGAAACCAUCUGCCCCUUAUUCUGAAUGCAACGUUGGAACUGCGGCGCGGUUUCCUUCCUUUCUCCCUCCAGCCUCGGCCGCUUCUCCCCUUCCAAAGCCUCUUGUCCUUAGUUUACUCCCUAAUCCAAUUAUUAUUUUACUUUUAUCAGUAGCAUCCAAUCCCCCAACCUGGAGGCAUAGAGAGCAGCACCCAAGGAACCAUAUAAGGACCCAGGUCUCCCAGUAGGCCGACUCCUUUCUCCCAUUCCCCUUCCCCCUCUCCUCCUCCCGGCCUCCACCCAACCGGAGGAGAAGCGUUUAUCGAGAAGAGUUCUCUUUUCUUCACUCUAUCCCUCUCUCCCAAUGGCUGCUGCUGCCAUUACUCCAUUGCCAUCACUGGCCACUAGAAGAGGAAGACCCUACUUCUCAUCGCUCCACUCGAGGGGGCGCUUUCCUUGUCUUCAAGCCCUGUCCAACCACUGCUCCUCCCCCUUAAAAAUCCCAUCUUGGAACAAAAAGGCUCCUAUCCGACUUUUUUCAUCUAAUGCUCUCUCCCCUGUCACAAGCCCACAACCAUCAUCAACAGCAUGGGCAAUGAAAACAGAGGUGGCCAAAGCAACGCUAGCUCUAAUCAGGAGGCUUCUCUUGGGUGCCUUGGUCUGGAUGGCGCUCACCUUUGUGUCCUACCUUGCUUGCGGAGCUUCGCUCGCCACUGCAAAAGCCGCCAGCGACUCUAUCAGAGCUUCUGGGCUUGGUUUUAAGGUCGCCACGGCGCUGAGAAUGUCUGGCUGGGCCGACGAGGCCAUCGUGUUUACCCUCGCCACACUUCCUAUUCUGGAGCUCCGUGGCGCCAUUCCCGUUGGCUACUGGAUGCAACUUGACCCUCUCCAUCUCACCAUCCUCUCCGUUCUUGGGAACAUGGUUCCGGUGCCAUUCAUCGUUCUCUACUUGAAAAAGUUCGCAUCUUUCCUCUCCCAGAAGAGUGCCUCGGCAACCCAAUUCCUGGACCUUCUGUUCAAGAGAGCCAAGGAGAAAGCCGGCCCCGUCGAGGAGUUUCAGUGGCUGGGUUUGAUGCUGUUUGUUGCGGUGCCAUUCCCUGGAACAGGGGCUUGGACUGGGGCAUUCAUCGCAGCCAUCCUCGAUAUGCCAUUCUGGUCUGCUGUCUCAGCCAAUUUCUUUGGGGUUGUUCUGGCUGGGCUGCUGGUAAAUUUGCUAGUGAACCUUGGCCUGAAGUAUGCCAUUAUAACUGGUUUGCUUCUUUUCUUUGUAUCGACAGUCAUGUGGAGUGUCUUACGAUUGUUUAAGAAGUCACUGAACUCAGAAUGACAUAGAUUGCAUACUUCAUUUAUAUGUUUAUAAUGGAGUUUAUGCGGCAUCCUUUGUUUUAGUUACCUGAUAGAAAUAAUUAUUGAUUCGAUGACAACGGUUUGUUUUGAUGCUUGUGAGCCUGGCAUUUGUCAGAAAUGGAGAAUUUGAAUCAUUAUCAGUAGUACAGAAAGGAAUAAUUCCUCAUGUAACAUAUAAGGAUUUUGAUUGUAGCACAGUUUGAAAGCUUUCUAUUGUUAUGU